UGAAAACAGUGAGUCAGGAUGCUAUGGUUGACUUUUUCAAAGAAAUUGAGGACUAUGUCCCCUAUGGCUUUACUGUUUACACGCUAGAUGACAAGAGACUACUCUGUCUUCAAAAGUGCAGUCCAUAUAAUGACCGGGACAUCCCAGAGCUUUCAUUUCUUGUGCUGGAGGAAGGAUUGUGUUGUCCUCUCUAUGAGUCAGAAGAAGUUCUCGUCAAGCCCAUUGCAGAAUUGAUCUCUGAGAGGAUUCAGUACACCCCAUGUGAAAACAAUACAGAAAAAAUCAGCAUUCCUGGAUUCUUGAAGACUCUGGUGGAGAAGAAAGUCUCAGUGUGGGUUCAGAAUGCCUUUCUGGCAAUGUUACUGAAAGAAGGACGUGAAUAUGUCGUAGAAAAUGACAACGUCUGUCCAGUGGACUUCAGAUCCACUGGUAUUGUUGAACUGAAUAAGAAAUGGGGUGAUGGUCUGCAGCAGUUUGUGGAGAUUAAACACCAAGUCAAACUGAGCACAAUUUCAACAGUGACAAACUACAUUUCCAACGUUUCGUUUUUUGAGAAAUACCAGGGGAAAAUAUACGGAACAACAGGAACACUGGGGAGCAAAGCAGACAUUCAGUUUUUGCAGGACCUGUAUCCAAAUCUCUCUGUGUGCAAAAUGUCAACAUUCAACAGGAAAAAGUUAUUUGAGGUCAAAGGUACUCUGAAAAAAACAGCUGAAGAAUGGAAAUCUGAAAUAAAAGAUGUGGUCACAGCUCAGAUUUCCCCAAAUUCAUACAGAGAAGGAAGAGCAGCGUUGGUGAUCUGUGAAACUAUCAACAAAGCCAACGAGAUCUACGAAGAGCUGAAGAGCUGCAUCCCAAAUAAAAAAUUGAUUCUUUACUGCCGCAGUGACAGAGACAGUUUGAGUAAAAUAGACAAGGAGCUGCUUCCUGGUGAUGUCAUUGUUGCCACAAACCUUGCCGGCCGUGGCACAGACAUAAAAGUGUCCCCAAAGGUGAACAAUAAUGGAGGGUUAUUUGUGAUCCUCUCCUUCCUUUCUGAAAAUACGAGGGUGGAACUCCAGGCUUUUGGACGAACUGCACGCAAAGGUAAACCUGGAUCUGCUCAGAUAAUCAUUUCCACCGAACACCUGCAGCCAUCUUUCAGCACAGUGUCCUCUCUGGAGGAAGCCAAGAGCACAAGAGACAGACUUGCAGCAGAAAAGAUAAAACACAUGAUGAACGAUGUUGCUGAGAUGAAACUGCGGGAGGACCUUUUUUCAGAAUACUGUGAAACACUACAAGAUAUUUAUGACACCACUGAUGGAGACGAGGAAAGAGCUGUUGUUGCCAUCAUGAAUGAGUUCUGGGGGAUUUGGCUGCAAACUAAAUCAGAAGAAAUUGAUCAGUUGAAAAGAAAUGAACUGCAAGAGAGUCUGAAAGCUGAUUUGUCAAAGGCAAAAAGUCAGUCUGAAAGUCAGACUUCACCAAGUUCCAGCAUUUAUCACUAUAUCAAGUUUGGAAAUAUUGCACUGGAUGAAAAAAAGUGGGAUAUUGCAGCCAGACUGUUUGAAAAAGCCAUGAAACAGGAUGAAAGCUGGGCAGCUGUAGCUUUUUACAAUCAUGCAUACUGUAGCCUACUAUACAACAAAAGAAAUCAGAUUACCUCACUAAGGCCAUAGAUGAUCUAACAAAGGCACAGGAAUCUUUGAAGUUUCUUAAUGAGGAACUAAUAGUCUGUCUUCAGUUUGUAAAAAUGUCCUCUGCAGACUCAGCCAACAGCAACACAACCAGCCUGGAAAAACAGUUAUCAACCAGGUCCACAAUGUAUAGUUACUUUGAAAAAAACAUUACUGAGGCCAUCCAAAAGUUACGAGAAAUAAGAGAGAAAGGGAGGGAUGCAAUGGCCCCAAAAUCCCCAAUGUUCUCACUAUUUUCAGAUGCUGAUAAAGAUCUCCAAGAUGAAGCUUACAAUCUCUACAGACGAGGUCUGAAAUAUGUAUUUUCUGUGGAAGAAAAGCCUCGUUUCUCAUGGGAAGGUCUGCUGGUGUUCUUUCUUGGAGUUUUACAGAUUGUUGGAGGAGCACUGCUCAUUGCAUUUACAUUUGGAACAUUUGCUCAAGUUGGAAUGGGACUGAUUAUUGAGGGAAUAUCAGACUGCAUCACUGGCAUUGAGGCCAUGGUGACAGGAGAAUUCAGCUGGAAGUCAUAGGCUAUAGAAAAAGCCAUUUCUAUUGGUGUCCCUCUCAUUGGGUUUGGAGUUGGAAAGCUGAUUUCAAAGGGCUUCAAAUGUUUUAAAUCCUUAGUUAAAUUUGGCAAACAGCUUAAGUCAAUGCCAAAAUUUCUCUCUAGACAAGCUAAAGAUGGCUUCAGUACUGUUUUAAAGACAAAUAUGAGGAAUGCAGUAAAACACACAGCUAAAAAAAUUGCAGAAGAACUCAUCACCUUUGGAUUGGGAAAGGCAGAAGAUGAAAUAAUUAAAAAAAUAUUAGAAGAAAUCGAAAGCAAGGUGAAAGAGAGAACUGAUCAUGAUGUGAAAUUAAAAAUAGAAAAAGAGCCGUCAUCUUCAUUAGUAGACCUCAUUAUUCUUUCACAACUUGAGGACAAAAAACAACUUCAUGAUCUCCUGAAUGACGAGAGAAGAAAGGAAGAGCUGCUGGCCGUUUUCACAGACUUAAGCAAAACUGCAAUACAGCCAUUCUAUGCAGACCUCAGCUGGCAGAACAAACUGAAUUCAUCCCUCUACAAAGUGAUUGAAAAAGCUAAAUCACACACUGGAGGAACAGCAAAAGCAAUUCUGACAGUUAUACAAGGUGUCCACAUGGUCACACUGGCAGGAGAAGCCAUCAGUGCAGUGCUCAGCCUGUCAGACAAAUUCUUUUCAAAUUUUCAUGAACAGCUGAAAAUAUUUAAAGAAAAGCAACGAAAAUCAGAGACUGUGAAUGUAAGUGAUCUGUCUGCAGAAGACAUUAAACUGCUGAAAGAUUUCAAGCAGGAUUUAGGCAGCACCAUCAGUACGUUAUUGGCUGAUGCUUUGGUGGAAGUUUUCCACCAGAAGUUCUCCAGUCACAUGUUUUCUAUUGUUAAAGACAAGGCAAAUGGUGUUAUUGGUAAAUAUGUGAGAAAGGGUUUAAAGAGUGAAAGAACAGAGGAAAAGCUCAGAGCUGGACAGGACAACAGAUACAUUGCAUACAUGCCAAAACACCCAAAUUCUAACCUAAAAGUUGAAGGAGAGGCAGGUCAACGCUCACGAUCACAUGCUGAAAAGAUCAAGAACUCCACGACUGCAGGCACCAUCCUUGAUAUCAGAGUCCUGUCAGAAGCCACUGGCACUAAAGUUGUCAUCCUAACAGAGGACAGCAAUGGAAGACUUACCAAAAUGCAGGAGCUGAGCCCAGACACUCGACAUGCCAGUCAAACUGUGACCCUGAUCUACAGACCAAAGAGUGACCAAUACCCCGAUGGCCAUUAUGAUGUGUACAUCAACAACCAGACAGUGAGCAUAGACAACAAAGGCAAGAGCUGUCUGUUUUCUGCUUGGGCACGUGGAAUAAAACCACAAGCCAGUGAAGAAGAGAUCACUGUGGAAGCAAAUCGUCUUCGAUCUGUGGAGGCUGAUGCUCUCCUCAGUUACCCAGGCCAAUGGGAGCCUUUCAUCAAGCGGAAAGAAUUAACUGAAACAAUCAGGGGAGGGGACUGGUACAUGUUAGAGGGAACUGCACCCAAACAAGCCAUAAAAGAAAGCAAAGAGUUACGUCAGAAAUUAGUUGGCCAAGUAGAAAAAUACAAAAACUGGCAAACACAUGCAAAAGGAAAUAAAGGAAUUGGAAAGUUCAUCAAUGCAGAUCACCAGCCACCAGUCAGUAGCAUAUUGAAGGCCAGAAAAUUGAACCAGAAUAGCAGAUUAGCAGAAGCCAUGCUUGAAGUGGCAACAAACUCAUCUACUGGGAACAUUUCUGAUGUACACAAAUAUCAUGGCCGUGAACUUCCAACAGUUUAUGUGCCUGCAGAAGUACAUCGUGAAUUUCCCAGUACAAAAUCACCAGCCUUCAGAGACCUCUUGGCUGCAGCCAUAAGUAGUAAUGAUGUUGUGGGUACUUUCAAGCUGACAAUCCUUGGUUCAAUGCCAAGAUUCUGGUUGGAUAGUAGCAGGAACUUCAAAAACUUCCAGAAUACAAAUAUAAGCAAAAGCAGACUUAAAGAUUUUGAAAAAAGUUUUCCACACCACAGUGAAAAGAUGGUAAAGGAAUGGUCUGACCAGCUUAAAAACAAAGGUGUUAUGACAGAUGACCAUCUAACUACUAUUAAUAAUUGGAUCGCUAACCAGGGCUACAAAGAUCAAAACGAUCCACACAGGAAAGAAGUUGCCAACCUCCUCUGAUGAAAAGUUUGCGAGAGAGGAGAAUGUGACUCUUACAAGCAAAUGAAGUACAGUGAAAACCUGGAGAUCUUCCACCUGCCUAAUCAUCAUUAUCAGAUAUCUCUGUGCCUUGGUUUAAUUUUAACUUAAUUUUUGUAUUCAGUGUGCUUAUCACAGAAAAAAACUGUUUGUUUAGCCAUUUUUAGCUCAGUAUAGAUUGUAAAUUAAUUUGUUAACUUGCUUAGACUUUGUAGCAAAGCAAUAAUUACACUGUGUCCAGCAAAUUAGUGUGGUGAUAUUAGAUGUGAUAGUUUUAAUCUUUCAAUACCAAUGUUGACAAUAACAAAAAGGGAAGAUUUUAAAACCUGAGACCUGUUGACAUUUGUCACCUUUUAACUCAAUGUUCAAAUAUAUGAACAGCUGAAAUUGGUCACACAUGUUCUGACUCCUUAGCCAGUGCACAAAGAGGACACAAAAAUGCAGCAACAAAGUGUGUCUUAAAGUACAUUAAUAAUCACUCUCAAAGGCUUCUAAAUCAUUAACUCCAGAGUGCCUGAGGGUCCUCCAGUGUUCAAGAGAUAAACUACACAUGUGUUAUAUUAAGAUCUAGCAGCUUGAUUUUCUUUUCUGUUGGUUGGAGCACAAGGUGACUGCUGAUUCUGCAAGAGCCUGACUGUGAAAGAAGCUCUGGAGAUAAAGAAACUGCUUGCAAUGAAUCACAGAAGCUACAGAAAAAAACCUGCAUGUAGUUCUCUGUAAGCAGCAUCCCAUUCGUUAUCUGUUUAAUUCAGUGUAACUAUGAUGGUGGUGGCGAGGGAGGUUAACAAUGAAAUUAUAAUACAUAUUAUCUGUAUUCACCUGAAAACCAUAUAUCCAUAUCUCUAAAAUAUUUCUGUCAAAAUAAAAGUGAGUUAGUAGUAAUAAUUGCAGUGAUUUCCUGUUUUCUUCCAGUGGUGCAGAUUACUGUAAACUGUAGUAAUUUCCCUUACUACUAUGGAAAUGUUUUUACACAAUACUGGACAAUAAAACUGCAGGGAAAUGUACCAAUAUGAUAUUACAUAUUUUAAAAGUUUAUUUAAAUAUAUUUAAAACAUAUUGGUGAAAAUAUGGCCUAUAAACAUAAUUGGCCACUGUUAUGAAAUUCUGGAUUAAAUUGAA